AUGGCACGCGAUGCGAGCGUGUGGAUAGUGCUUAUAGCUACAGAUCAAAGGAAAAGUCGAGUGAAAAUUAAAAGAGCCUGCCAGGAUAUGGCAGCCAUAUGUUUUUGGGUUCUCCUAGUGGCCAUUUUUGGGCUAAUUGUUUUAGCCCAAGCUGCGAAAACGGGACAAGUGCAAGCUACCUCCGGCAGUUGUGCGUUUCACACGCUCGACGGAGUCGCCGCGGAAAGCGAAGGUGUCCGCUUUAUCCGGCUUAGGGAAGACGCCCAGGUGGGCAAGGAGAUCCUCCGACUGCAGGCCUAUCCCCGAUCCACGGCUGCCCUUAAGGGAGCCGAUGCGAGCGGGGACCACAAGUACUUCAACCUCACGGAGCACAAUGCCACCACCUUGGUGAUCAGUCUGGCCCGAUCGCUGGAACGACUCGUGGACCGCGAUGUGCCCCGGAACCUGCUCAAGUUCCGGAUCCUCUGUGCCGGAAAACACGAGAAAUUGGAGGAGGGUAGCUACCUUUCCAUCACCGUGUACAUCGAAUGUAACGACAAUGCGCCGGAGUUUCUUAACGUACCCUACGUAGUCGAUGUGGAUGAGAACACAUCCAUUGAGAGCAUCAUCUUUGAGGGAGUACAGGCUUUCGAUCGGGACAAGCCCAAUACCCCGAAUUCUGAGGUUCACUUUAGCAUGUCCACGGUUCCAGAGCAAUUAUCAGCUGAUGGAAGUCCAUACUUUGCCCUCAAAAGUCCCCAUCGUCCACUGCUCAUCCUGAAGCGGGAACUGGACUUUGAUAAUGGCAUCCGGCAAUUUAAGCUGCCAAUAUUUGCUUGGGAUCGAGGAACCCCUGCUAACCAAGCAAACACCACGAUCACAAUCAAUGUUAGAGAUGUGGAUGAUUUACCGCCGAAAUUCACCGAAGGUGUCUAUCGAACCAGGGUCAAUGAGUUCUAUCCGAUGACAGGUGUGCCUAUAAGGAUACCCCUGUACUUUGCCCCACCCAUAAUGGCCUUCGAUCAGGAUUCGCUGAACGCUUCGCUUGUAUACGACAUCAUUUCGGGUAAUGAGCGUCAGCUGUUCCGGGUCAAUCCUCACAAUGGUGUCAUGUAUUUGCAAAAAGAAAUCGAUCUCGAGGAGGAGAGUCUACCAGGCAAUACUUUUGUUCUUCAGCUUGAGGCGCGACAGAAAGAUAAUCCCCUUAAGAAAGCAUUAGCACGCAUCGAAGUGGAGGUUCUGGAUCUGAAUGACAAUGUUCGAUUCGAGGCUGAUUUCUACAACAUUUCCAUUGUGGAGAACCUGCCCACUGGCUUCAGUGUACUUCAGGUUAAUGCUGUGGAUCGUGAUCAGGGCGAGAACUCGGAAUUUCUGUACAAUCUUGGAGACAAGGAUGCUACGGGUGCUUUUCGUAUAGAUUCCCGGACGGGAUGGAUUACUGUGCGCGAUGAUCGCUUGCUAGAUCGCGAACAGCGAAGAUCUGUCCCUAAUGUGGAGGCCCUGGAAAGGAAUCCUUCGUAUCUGGAUGAUAAGCACUUGAAGACACCAGGACCCAGCAAGGUUCAAGUGGAGAUCACUUUAUUGGACACGAACGACAAUACGCCAAAGUUUGAACAUGGAAAUCUAUAUGAGUUCAAGGUGCUCAAUGCACCCACUGGCUAUGUGAUUGGCCAGGUGGUCGCCCACGAUCCAGAUGAGGGUCCCAAUGGUAAACUGCUAUAUGAGCUUCAAAGGCCGAAAGGCAGUGGUUAUAUACCUUUCCGAUUGGAUAACAAGAAUGGUACUAUCUGUGGUGGACCUCUGCGAAGGGGACGCAUUGCAGUCUUUGUGGAGGCCAGUGAUCAGCCCACAAAUCCCUCAGAGCGGCGAUUCUCAUUGGCAGUGAUCACCAUUGAAGUUUAUGCCAUUGAUGACCAGGCCAUUGAUUUUGUGGGUGCCCCUUACGAUUGGGUGGGUGCGAACACUCCAUUGGGAACCUGUGGUCAAGUACGCACCACUUUGAUCUACGACGGAGAGGAUGAGAUAAUGUACGAUCUCCUGCACACUUAUUCAGAGGGUGUUCCCUUUGCCAUCGAAGAGCGAUCGGGUAUUAUCACUGUCAUACGGGAACUAUCGGAAUUCAAGCGGAAAGUCUACCAGUUUGAAGCCGUGGCAAAUUAUCUCUUUGCCAACUCUUCGCAAACACUGGUUAUGUCUCGAAGUUCAUCGCCUUUGACCACAAUAGCCUCGCCCGGUGAACUCACCGAUGAAGGUGUACUCAUCACAAAUCUUACCAUCCAUAUUGUUAACAAGCCAGAGCAAAAGGUGCCCCUGCGACCUGUAAUAGAAGAGAUCAACAUGAAUGUCAUUAACUUCCAUGUGGAGGAGAACGUUGUUGGUGGCAUUAUAGGACAGUUGCUGUACAAGAACGGCAUCAAUCUGGUGAACAACGAGCUGGGAACUUUCCGGGAAAUGCCUUCAGAAGCAACAGGACGUAAUCUAACCAUGGGCAGUAGAUUCCGCAGCCGAAACCGGAGUCGCAGUUCCAAAUCAAAGCGUCGAUUGCCAAGACGACUCGUGGGGGAUACAAAUAUAAAACUCCGCUAUAUCAUUGCCAAUCAGCAGGAGGUGGUGAACAAGAUCUCCAUAACGGAGGAUGGAACUCUGCUUACCUUGAUCGGACUGGAUCGGGAGCAGCAGGCAAGUUACGAACUAACCGUGAUCGUGGAGUACAGCACGGGAUUGGUAAGUGGAGCUGGGAUUUACCAGGUGAACAUCAAGGUGGAUGAUGUCAACGACAAUGCUCCCAAGUUCAAUGCACUCACUUAUGUGGGUUUGAUCAAUGAAAACUGCGCCGUGGGCACGGAGCUAUCGAUGAACCAUGCGAUUCUCAUCCAGGAUGCCGAUGAAGGACCAAAUGCUGAGUUCAGAGUCCAGCUUCAAGGCGAUUAUAGCGAAGAGUUCAGCAUAGAAUAUAUAAAUGGAAGUUCCUCAGGAAAUACCACUCAGCAUAAAAUGCCAUCCACAACAGGGGCCUUUAAUAUCUUUAACCUAACGGAUCAAUGGAACGAUGAGUUCAAGUACCAGGAGUUGCACACCACCUUUAUGCAAACGAACUUUAAGCUUAGUUCGGGGCCGUAUUUCCGCGUCUCCUAUACGGGAAAGAAAGGCUUGGAUCGAGAGAAACAGCAGUUGUACAACCUGAAGAUUAUAGCCACGGAUUCGGGUGGUCUCUCUGGAUACGCCCAUCUUACUAUUCUCGUGGCCGAUGUUAAUGACAAUGCUCCCAUGUUUGAGCGCAUUUCGGUUUUUAAAGAUUCCCGCUUGGAGAUCCGUGAAUACACCACCGACAUGGAGAUUUACUUUGUGGAAAGCUCGAGUGGUUUGGCAGCACCUCAGGCAACGGCAGCUAUGAUGCUGGCCCCACCUCCUUCAAUACCCGGAUCACCGAGAUACAAUCAGGAUCGGGAGAGAUCAGUGGGAAUUGGGACAGGAUUGGGGGUGGUGGCUAGCAAAUCACGACGUAGAAUGGUCCGUGCCGUGUAUCAAUGUCCCCUGUUUGCCAUCUAUGAGGACACGCCAGUGGGUACGAAGGUCCUUCAACUGAGUGCCAGUGAUGAAGAUUACGGGAAGAAUGCCCAGCUGCAUUAUGAGCUUCAUGGAGAACAGGUGGAACGGACACCCGGAAUGCCCAUGUUGCGGGUUCAGGGAGGGAGGUAUUUUACAAUCGACAAACUUAGCGGAGAGCUAUCGGUAAACUAUCCUUUGUCGGCCAAUAUCGAGAUUUGGUUAAAUCUAACUGUGACGGAUAUAGAUGGUCUAAAGGACUCUGCAUGCCUGCGAUUCACCGUGAUGGAUGUUAAUAAUCAUGCACCGACGUUCAAAUCCUGGUACAGCUUUGAUACCCCAGAGGGGGAGUAUAAGGAUAGCGUUCUGGGUCAAUUGACAGCCAUAGACAGAUUUGGCGAGAACGCCAAUAUAACGUAUACGAUCAGUGCACACCUGCCAUUUACCAUCAAACCAGCAUCGGGAGUCCUCAAGAUCACUGGGCAACUCGAUCGGGAGCUAAAGGACAAGUACAGCUUCCAGGUGAUGGCCACGGAUAAUGCCCCGGUGAUGCAGAGAAUGUCCAGCAGCGUGGAUGUGGAAGUAAAUGUCCUGGAUAUCAACGAUAAUCGUCCCGAGUUCAUUGGCUACGAUGAUCAGACAAAGGCGGUGAAAUUUAUACCGAAUGUGGCAGAUCGCACGAUGAUGUUGCCGGUUUAUAAGGCAUAUCUGGAUCGUAGCACCCAACCAGGAACUUUUGUAAGGCAACUCACGGCCAUUGACAAGGAUAAUGUGGGCAAUGGCAAUGUGGUGUUGUACUCCAUUCGUCAUCAGGAAAUGCAGGCACCACUCUUCCAAAUCGACUCCAGAGAUGGUACCAUCUCUACAAUAUCCGCAUUAACGGGACAAUGAUACGAACAUCUGAAUGUUUCUGUUAUAGCCUCGGAUGUGGGAAGUCCAGCUUUGUCCGCCACGGCUGUGGUGAUCGUAAAUCUCCAGGGACAGGCAGUUACGGAUCCUCCCAAGUCCACUCCCAAACCAGAACCUCCUGCCAAUGUAACCGUAUUCCAGCACGCCUACUAUGAGGUUAAACUCACGGAAAACAAUGAAGCUCCCAUUGAGGUGAUGCGGUUGAACCUUAGUGCUGGCCUCAAUCAGAACUAUCGGUUCCUGUGGUUGGAAGAGGGCUUGGAUGAAACGGAUGCUCAUCCGCCCUUUGAAUAUGAUGCCAAAAAUAUGCUAUUGUAUGCCCUCAAACCCUUUGACAGGGAGCAUAUCCGGUAUCAGUUAAGGAUUCGGGCUGAUCGGUUGAGUCGGGAAGCUAGAAAUUAUGCCAGGGUCUCAUAUCUGGUAGAUGAACGAAUAGAGGGUCUGUCGCUCAACGAGUGUCGAAUUCUGGUCCAUAUAGCGGACGAAAAUGAUAAUUCACCAAAGUUCCGGGGGAACGCACCAAUUGUGGCGGUUCUCCCGCAGAGUGCCAGCUUUGGAUACCCUGUAACGCGAGUGGUGGCCAACGACUUGGACGAGGGACUAAACGCCGAGAUACGCUAUAGAUGCUUAAUGAGCCAACUACUUUUUGGCAUCGAUGAGUUGUCCGGUAAUAUUCGCCUGGGGGACCUUUCCCGAGACGAACGCAUCUACGGUUUCGAUGUGAAGGCCACGGAUCGAAUGGGUGCUGAUGAUGGACGGAGUGAUGUUAACGUCUUUGUCUACAUCAUCGAUGAGGCCAAGCAGGUGCGACUGGUAGUGGCCGGAAUGCCCGUUGAAGUUGAACGUCGCAGAGGACUAAUGGAGGCCCUGAGCGAUGCCAUUGGCAAGGAUGUACGAGUGAGGUUGCUGGCAUAUUCUGGAGGUCUAGAAGCAGCCACCAAUGCCUAUAUCUAUGCAGUCGAUCCGCACACGAAUUCCAUUAUGGAAAUGGAGCAACUUCAGGAGUCCCUGGCUGGCCUCCAACUGGAUGCACUGCAGCUGCAGCAGCAGAAGCUUGAUGGAGGAAAGCCCAUGCCUCGCAUCAUCGAGCUGGCGGAGUUUGGACAAUCCCCACGGCCACACGCCUCUUCAUCCAGUUUCAUGGGAGGAUUGGAGUUCGUGACUGUGGUUCUUCUCGCCCUGAUCAGCCUGGGUGCCCUGAUGGCCGCCUGUUGCUACCUGUGCAUGCGCCAAAAACGACGUCUCUGGUCUCAGCGUGAUUUUUCCGCCUCGGAUGGCGGUCUCACCUAUACCAUCGCCGGAAUCGGAUCCCCUCGUGGUCAGAAGCAACGGCGCCAGCGGCAACAGCGACACACUCAGCGCUGCAGCAAGGGCAGCAGCACUGGCAGCCAGCGACCCACGAGUGCAUUCAUGCCGGAGUCCGUCUGCUCCUCGGCGCAGACACAGUCGACGGCCACCGCCACCGAGAAACUGGAGCAACAGUUGCACCAUCACCAUCAGCAGCAGGCGAUGGCCACGCAGCAGCAGCACCAUCAGUACCUGAACGAGCAACAGCGACAGCAGCAGCGCGAAUAUAUAGACGUACCUCUUCCCAAAUCGAUUGUCAAGGCGGCAGCGGCGGCGGCGAGUGGGGGCGACGGAAAUGUGGGCGCCGGGAACACUCCAUUUGUGCUCAAGUACAAUGCCUGUCAGCCGGUGAACAAUCUCAACAACUACGAAACCUCGCUGUUCUCACUCCACUCCACGGGUCAGGACUCCGGGGUGGAGUUCCUGAGCAGUCGCGAGCUAUACGAGACCUCGCCGGACUCCUUUCAGCACGGUGGCUCCAAGCGCAGCAACAAUCCGGAAUUACUCUGCCCCAGACAUGCCAAGGCACACUUGGAGCUGCGCCAGCCCCAUCCAAAUACAGACAGCAGUGACACCUACGAGGACUCGCUGAAGACCGAUGAGCCACUGGUGGCCCACAACUGUCGGAGUGCCAGCUGCGAGCACCGUCAACAUCAGCAGCCCUCCAACCACCAUCCCCACUACCAGAACACGCGUUUCGAGAAGCGCUUGGUCCGGCACUCCUUCUCCGGGGUCAAGGACGACCUCAUGCAGCAGUCGCCGCAGAUCUCGCUGCGACCCCGGGGCCACGCCCUCCGGAACUCGAUGAACGACCUGGAGCAGAGGUUGCACAAUCUGGAGCAGUCCUUUCGUCGCCCCCUCGAAUUUAGCAAGUCGAAUUCUUUGUUUUAGGUUUUUUUAGCAAGAAAAACAGUGCAAUUUUUAGUUUAGUAAACUAUGCUUAGAUGUUAGAUGUUAAGAAACAAGUGCAAUA